AUGGAAACUGCAAACAGCACAUUGACGCCGCUUUCUCCGGUGGGCGGGAAUGCCACGUCCGGCCCCUCUCCUACCCCGGCAAUCACGUCGCAGCCCAACGCCACCGUUCCACCCGUGGCGUCCACGCUCGUACCCGUGCCUGUUCCGGUCCCUUCGACCUCGCCCGCGACUCUCCCUCCACAACCUACCGCCCCGACCAGCCUGCCUUCGACUCCCGUGCCUACUCAGACCGCUGUCCCGUCGAGGACCGUUCAGCCCACGCUGAGCCCUCUCACUCCCGCGCCGCUCCCAUUCACUCCCGCGCCGCUCGCGUCGACGCCAAGGCCGCUGGUCACGCUGGCGCCUCUCGCGCCCACGACGACCCCGCUCCCCACACCGACCGUCGAAGUACCCCGGAGUACGGCGGCAGUAAUUCCUUUCCCCCCGGCCAUCGCCCCGGCGAGUGGCGGCGGUGAUACCGGAAAGACGAUCGGGAUCGUCGCAGGGGGUGUGCUGGGCGUCUUGGUCCUCCUGGUGGCGAUGUUGCUGGGCCUGAAGUGUCUGAUGAAGACUCGAGGGAGGCGAGAGAGCGGACUCUGGACGCAGCGUGGCCCCGCCCUCCCUCUUGCAAAGCUCGGGUUUCCGGACCUGUCUCCCCCACGACGUCAGAGCGUCCCGUCGGUGCGCUCGAAGACGGAGUUUUCUUUCGACGAACUCUCUCGAGCCACGGACGGCUUUCAUGAGUCGCGCCUCUUGGGCGCCGGGGGGUUUGGCAAGGUCUACAGAGGAGAGCUGCAGAACGGGACGACGGUCGCGAUAAAGUUUUCGCUCGUGCAGGGGCCCGACGAGAUCGGGGAACGUGAGUUUCAGUCGGAGCUGGAGGUGGUGUCGAGGGUCCAUCACAAGCACCUCGUCUCGUUCUUGGGCUACGCCUCGGAAGAAGACAAGCGUUUGCUCGUCCUCCAGUUCAUGCCGAACGGCACGCUUUCCGACCGCAUCCAUGCACCCAAGAGCCUCGACUGGGCGGGGCGGUUGAGGGCGGCCGUGGGCGCUGCGAGGGGGCUCGCUUACCUUCACGAAGACUGCCGUCCUGCCAUCAUACAUCGGGACAUCAAGUCGUCCAAUAUCUUGAUGGACGCGAACAUGGACGCGAGGGUCGCCGAUUUCGGCAUCUCGAAACUGAGGGAGGACUCCUACGUGAACACGCACGUCAGCACCCGCGUGAUAGGCACUUUCGGGUACUUGGAUCCCGCUUAUGCCAACACCGGAAGACUCACGGUGGAGUCGGACACUUACAGCUUCGGCGUGGUGCUAUUGGAGAUAGUGACCGGCCGGUACCCGGUCGACGGCACGAGAAGGCCGGGAGAGGAGAGCUUGGUGGCAUGGUCGAGGCCGCUGAUAGAAGAGGGAGGGUACUUUGGCAUCAUGGAUCCAUUUCUCAUGGAGAAUGGUUACGACAAGGCAGAGGUUCGGCGCAUGAUAAAGACCGCAUGGCUGUGCACUCAGCCGUCGAGCCACGUCAGGCCGAACAUGCCUCAGAACCUCGCGCUGCGGUUUUCCAACGAGGUCGGAGCGAUGGAGGCGCGGAUGUUCUACCACUUCCAGGCCGCAAUGGAGAACAUUCACGGAGAGACCUACGGAUUAUUGCUCGACUACUAUAUCCAGGAUGCCGCGGAGAAGGAGGCGUUGUUCGAAGCGAUCUCCACGGUACCCUGCAUCGCUAAGAAGGCACAGUGGGCCCUGAAGUACAUCGGAGAGGACUCGAGCUUCGCCACGCGGCUGAUCGCUUUCGCCUGCGUGGAAGGCAUCUUCUUUUCGGCGAGCUUUUGCGCCAUAUUCUGGCUGAAGAAGAGGGGCAUGCUUCCUGGACUCACGUUUUCGAACGAGCUCAUCUCGCGAGAUGAAGCGCUACAUACGGCCUUCGCAUGCCACCUGUACUCGAAGGAACUUCCGCGAGAAGAGCGCCUCUCGAACGAACGGGUGCUGAAGAUCGUGAAGGACGCCGUCGACAUCGAGAUCGACUUUGUGCGCGACUCCCUCUGCGACCUGGCCGGAAUGAACGCGGCUCUGAUGGGUCAGUACGUGAAAUUCGUGGCGGACAGGCUGCUCGUGGACCUCGGGCACGAGAAGGCCUACGACGUCCAGAAUCCGUUCGAUUGGAUGGAGUUCAUCAGCGUGGAGAGCAAGACCUCCUUCUUCGAGUCGAGGGUCAGCAGUUACCAGAAGGCAGGAGUGAUGGAGCGGCUCGGUGCCAACUCGAGCGAUGAUUUCGCAGGAGACGAGUUCUGA